UGACAAUGACAAUCGUCUGAAAACAAUGGCCGAAUAUAUCAGAUGCAGUUUCUAUUGAUUUGAGUGUUUUCCCUGUUUCUGCGUAAAAUAUAAUGUGAUUUUGUGGUUCAAAUUGCGCAAAAUGUGGGUGCCGACUAAGACAAAAAAAUACGGCGUUGCAAUUUACAAUUGGAGAGGUGAUACGCGAUAUGGCCUGCCUUUGGAAAUUGGGGACACCAUCCAGAUUUUGGAGGAAUGCGAAGGAUGGUACAGGGGCUUUGCCACGAAAAAUAGAACCCACAAAGGCAUAUUUCCGCAGAACUACGUUUUUCUAAAGCAAUGCAAAGUCGACAAUGAAGGCCUUUUCGAGAGUGUCGUUCCCGUAGAAGAUCCAGUUGUGCGCGAAGUCACUCUAGUUCUUCGGGAAUGGGGCCGAAUAUGGAAGGAUAUCUUUGUGCUAAAGAAUCACUACAAAUUCGAGACAGUCGGCAAAGUGAUGCGAGACUUGUUGGAAUGGCGAAGGCAGUUGGUUUCGGGUACUUUAACCCACGAUCAAACCAGAGAGUUGAAAAUCAAGAUUAUUCAAAAAAUCGACUGGGGAAACCGGAAACUCGGCUUAGAUCUGGUUCCGCGCCAAGGAGCGAACAUGGUGGAACCGGACUCGAUGUCUGUAGUCGAACUGUAUCAUGUGCAUGUGUCAAGUGCGGAAAACACCCACAGUGUAUCGGCCAGGGGGACGAUAAAGAAAAGGGAGCUGAAAAAAACCCUUACGCAUCAUCUGUAUUUUUGCAUGCGCGACUUUGGCCACCACAUAGGCGAAGACACCGAAGUGUACUUUUCACUGUACGAUGCCGGCAAACAGAAAUACCUGAGCGAACGGUUCCUAGUCAAAAUAUCCAAAGAAGGCUUCACGAAUCACAUCGAGAAGCUGCAUAGUAAUUGUACAGUGUUUACCGAUUUGGGCAAUUCGGACCUAAAUAAAGACAUCUACGUGGUGGCGCACGUGAUGAGAAUAGGCAAAAUGCUCUACUCGGAUAGCUCGAAGAAGACUGAAAAGGCCGCUGGACAGCCUCAACUGUUCAGAAGGCCGCACGGCAUUGGAGUCCAAAAUAUCGGGGAGUUUCUCACCAGCAAAUCGGAGGAUAAUGAGGAGAAGGAGAUUAGCAUGAAGGUGUACCAAGGGGAAGACAAAGACUUCCACCAGCUGCACGAGUUCAUCAUCAGACAGUCGGGAAAAGUGUCCGUGUUGUCCGGGCCAAUAAACUACGGGAUUAUGAUUUCGUUGAAGAUGUUGCAUGGAGAAUUGCGCACAAUCCGAGAGGAGAAUCCUCUGCUGUUCAAGAACGUCAGUUUGACCAGCAAACUAGGUUUUCCCGAUGUAAUCAUGCCAGGAGACGUCAGGAACGACCUAUAUCUAAUCCUAGACAAAGGGGAAUUUGAACGGGGAGGAAAGUCCACAGGAAAAAACAUCGAAGUGGCCGUUGUGGUCUUGGACGGCGAAAAAAACGUUGUUAAGAACUGUUUGUGGGGAGCCUCCGGCAUUGAAGGCGUGUCCGAAUACAAUUCAAUGAUCAUCUACCACCACAAUUCCCCAGCUUGGGCGGAAAACAUUCGACUAACAUUGCCGAUCGACAAAUUUGCCGGCGCCCACAUUCGACUGGAGUACCGGCAUUGCUCCACUCGCGAAAAGAACGACAAAAAACUGUUCGGCUUUUCCUUCAUGCGCCUGAUGGAUAAGGAUGGAGCCGCAGUGCAAGACGGCCAACACGAGCUGUACAUCUACAAGUGCGAAGAUGUGUCCAAAUUGGAGAAUUGUGGCUAUUUGGCUUUGCCGGCCUUCUCCAAGGACUAUGAAGGAAACCACGAAGCGAGCGGACAGUUCUCCAGAAGCCACAAGGAACUGAUUUCCAUCAAGACUUUGCUGUGCUCAACCAAGCUCACCCAGAAUGUCGAUUUGCUGGCGUUGCUUCGAUGGAAAUCCCACCCGGAGAGGAUACAAGAGUCCCUACAAAGAGUGCUAAAGUUAGGCGAUGAGGAACUAAUCAAAUUUCUUCAAGACGUGCUCGAUGCACUCUUCGCCCUGUUUUCCACCGAAGAUGGCAACUCGACGCCCCACAGCGGACUGGUGUUUCACGUACUGGUCUCUAUCUUCAACUUGCUCGACGGCAGCAAAUAUCAACACUUCAAGCCUGUUUUAGACGCCUACAUCAAGAAUCACUUUGCGGCCGCAUUGGUCUACAAGGGCCUUCUUACAAGUGUGCAACAUUGCGCCGAUUGGGUGGUUUCRUUCGAAAAACAGGAGCCAAUCCAAAAGUGCUUCAAAAGCCUGGAAUAUAUCUUCAAGCUGAUCAUACAGAGUCGAUUGCUCUUCUCCAGAGCGACCGGCGGUCAUUUCGAGGACAGUUUUAAGCGGGACUUGUAUAGCGUGUUCCAUAGUUUGGUGGUGGUGAUGGUGGGCCCCUUUUUGGAAGUGACUCUAGUACCUGAGAUAGAGCUGCGCAAAGCAACCCUGCAUAUAUUCUUUGACAUGAUGGAGUGCGAGCAAAGAGCCAGAGGCAACUUUAGGCAGGUCGAGUGCGAAUUAAUCGAUAAGCUGGAUAUACUGAUCAGCGAUAACAAAGGCGACGACGAGUACCGGAGGCUGUUUAAUACCAUUCUUCUGGAUAGAGUUCAGUCGGAAGACCCCACUUGGAAAGAGAGCGGAGCUGCUUUUAUUAGCUCGAUCACCAGACUGUUAGAGAGACUGCUGGACUACAGAAACGUGAUUCAAGGGGAUGAGAACCGCGAUAAACGAAUGAGCUGCACGUUCAACCUAUUAAACUUUUACAAAAACGAGUUUAACCGGAAGGAAAUGUAUUUGCGCUACAUCUAUAAGCUUCACGAUUUGCACCUUUCCGCGGAAAAUUACACGGAAGCCGCUUAUACCAUGAAACUCUAUGCGGAUCAGUUGUCGUGGAGCAAUAGUCAGAUUGUCUCGGAUCCGAAUUAUCCCAAUCACACCGAGUGUCAAGUGAAAGAGCUGCUUUACCGGCAGAUUAUCAACUAUUUCGACAAGGGAAAGUGCUGGGAAAAUUUUCCACUGUUCGUUCGAAAUAAGCAGUUUAUCUACAGAGGGUUAGAGUAUGAAAGAAUAGGUGCCUUCACUCAAAGAUUGCAAACCGAAUUUCCGUCGGCUCAAAUCCUGAUGAAGAACACGCCGCCCGACGACAGUAUUAUUAAUUCCGAUGGACAAUUCAUUCAAAUAACCAAUGUGAAGCCGAUUCCGGAAAUCACGCCGAUCACCACUGCAACUGAUAUUCCGGAGAAAAUUUCCCGGUUUUACCACUACAAUGAUGUGAAGAAGUUUCAGUGCGACCGACCCGUCCAUAAAGGAAUCACCGAUAAAGAGAAUGAGAUUAAGACUAUGUGGAUAGAGCGCACGGUUGUGGAAACAGCCGCGCCUCUUCCGGGGAUUCUCAGAUGGUUUGAAGUGAUCGACCGGCAAACAGAGGAAAUUCCCCCGGUGCAGUUCGCUUGCGAGACAAUGCGAAACGUGGAAAACGAGCUCAGGCAGCUGAUCGCUGUUUACACCCACGAGCCGAAGCGGAACUUGAAUCCCUUCACCAUGAGGCUGCAAGGCAUUAUUGACGCAAAUGUGCAGGGGGGACUGAGCAAGUACCAGCAAGCGUUCUUUACCAAAGAGUUCGCCAAACUUUACCCGGAACACAAGUGUUAUGUGAAUACGCUGCAGGAAUUGAUCUGGAACGCUACUACGGUGAUAGAGGAAGGCCUGUACCUUCAUGGCAAACUGGCUCCGGUUACCGUGCAACCUUUGCACCAGAGGCUCAUUGAGCGGUUUCUGCAACUGCGAGAAAGCCUGGGAUCGCUGAGUCAGCAUUCGUCCAACAGCAUUAUACAUACACCUCUGCCUCCAGUCCCAUCGGAAAAACGCGUGCUAAUGGAGAAUGGCAGCAACCGCUCCUCAAAUUCCAGCGGCAAUUACGGGCAUCUCAUUGAGCCUCAAACGAUGGACUACGAAUGCGUCUAUACCAAGUCAAAUGACGUUGAGCGGCCCAGUUUAAACCGCGAGAACCUUUCACUGCCCAUGGGCUCAGUCGCGCCCCCAAUUCCCCAACGCGAAUGUCGGCCCAGAUCUCAGGGCUUCAACAAUACCAGUUUUUCGGACUUGCGGACACCCACGCGAUGUCCCAUGGAAUACAAUAGCGCCAGUUUACCAUCCAUGAAAUCCAGGGAAUCAGAUUCAUGCGAUGUUCCCUUGCCGCCCAAGCCCACUCAUUCCAGAGAACGAUCGCUGACCAAACCGCCUUCUCCCAGACUGUUGAGGCACGCAAUGUCCAUGACGCCUACUGAUGGCACUUCUCCAUUAAGAAACUCCUGGCCUGACACGGGGAUUGAGGAGGCUCCUCCGCUACCGCCGCGCUCGCAUACGCCGGAUAAGAGGGUGCAAUCGCUGCCCAACGAUGUGCCCCCGAACGUGCCUAAAAGGGGCCAGAAAAAGGCCACGCCCUCGAUUUGCAGUGCUGAGUACUUGUCGACGGACGAUGCAACAGGCGCCUUGCCCUCUUCAUCCGAAGGGGACUUGGUGGCUUCGGCUUGCAGCUUUGGGGCCCCCAGCACAGAUACCAAAGACCUGCGUGAUUCCGGAAUAAGCAUGAAUGAGACGAGUUCGAACAUCAGUCAUUUCAACACUCAAAACUGCUACGAUGAUUUCGAGCUGCGACCGCAUCCUUUCGAGCUUACCAUGAGCAGUAGUCCUCCAAACCAAAGAAACGUUUUAUCCAAAGAAGAGCACCCGCCGCCAAUUCCUCCCAAAAUUGGGGGAAGUUUGAAUUCCAGCUUGGAUUUUGGUGGGAGUUUGGAACGGCCGACAAGGUCCAAAGAUCUAAUUGCUGCAAUUUCUGAUAUUUUGACGCCUCCAGAGAAUUACUCCCAUCCCAAGCUGCCCAAAGACAAUGAGGAAGACAAAUGAAUGUUUCCUAAGGGUAGGAAACCUUUACUCAACAUAGACUGUAAAAAUACAAUUAGGAACAAAGUCGUCUCUAGCAACUAAGUGAAUUGAUGCUAAGGUAAAAUAGAAUAGUGAAAUACGUUUUCUUUCAAAUCAAGUGUAGAUUGUCUUGUGAAUGGACUGUAUGUAUGAACUGUGUAUUGUGAACAACCAUGCCUAUAAAAUUUCCAUCAGUAUUGAUUAACCUGCUGCAAGUUACUGAAUAUCUGAGGUAAAGUGCUUUGUAUGAUGGAAAUUUGCGAUACAUUUUUAUGGAUCACUACAAAUUUCUUAAUAUUUCACUAUAUGAUAUUUUAAUACUUUUUGUGAUAGAUUGAGAUUAUUUAAAAUAAUUUUCUGUUCCAACUCUCUCUCUUCCAAGUGAAUUGCAGUAGAUAUAACGAUUGUUCGAAAGUAAAGAAUGAAGUCUACAUAAUCUUAGAAAGGUAGAUCUAGCAUUUACAAUUCUAGUGCCAAUUCAGCCAAUUUUCGACACUGGUUGAUGAUCACUGUUGUAUCAAAGUGCAAUGCUUAUAUUCGACUUUCGCGCUCAAAGAACUUGAUCUAUCACUCAAUACACUUUGAUCAUGCCCAUUCCGAGUAUUAAUAGAGCGUUUUGUAUAUGAUCCUUAUCGAGCAGAUUUUUCUUUCAAUCAAAAUACAGUAAAACCAAUAAUGAAAUAUGCAUAUCGACAACAAUCAAAGUUUUUUAAAUUAAUAUUAGCGUGCCCCGUUAUCGUUAUUGGUUGAACAGUAUUCCACUUACAUCGAAGUUUUGUAUAUAGGACGGUGCUAUUUUUUUUACCUAUCUAUUAUAAUAAUCAAAGGAAAUUCUACUAGUGCGAACCGAAAUGAUCAGAUGAGAGGUAUAGUUUUAUAGUAAUGAGUAUAUUUUGAUGUGUACUAGUCAUGUAUCUGAUAUUCUGUAUUGAUAUUCUAAUAAUUAGUGUAAUAUUUUCCAUAAUGAUAGAGGCAUAUAUCAAGUAGUGAAUUACAUGACUUAUCAAGAG